AUGUAUGACCUUGGACCAUCAACAAUGAUUUUUCUGCACUUGAUUGACCCACUUACUUUUAUUUUGUUAAUAUUAAUUAUUAUGGUUGGAAUUUUGGUUCUUGUUUAUAGUGACAGUUAUAUGUCUCAUGAUCAAGGCCAUUUGAGAUUUUUUGGUGCAAUUGCUAAAUCAGCACAAUUCCCCCUUCAUGUGUGGUUAUUGGAUGUCAUGGAAGGACCUACCUGUAUUUUUGCUCUAAUACAUGUUGCUACCAUGGUGGUAGCGGGAAUUUUUCUUGUAGCUCGACUUUUUCAUUUUUUUCAUAGUUAUACCUUAUACAAUGGAGCUAAUAGUCUUAAUAGGUAUAAUAACAAUACUAUUAAAAGAGAUUUAGCUUAUUCUACAAUGUCUCAAUUAGGUUAUACGAUGUUAGCUUUAGGUAUGGGCUCUUAUCGAGCCGUUUUUUUUCAUUUGAUUACUUAUACUUAUUCGAAAGCAUUGUUGUUUUUAGGAUCUGGAUUCAUUGUUCAUUCAAUUGGAGUUAUUGAUUAA